AUGGCGCAACCACCACAAGGACUAUUGAGUCUCCCGAAUGAGCUUCUCCGCGAUGUCGUUGCGCCCCUCAGUCCAGCCGACCUCCGCCACCUGCGUGAAGUCAACCACCGAGCCCUCGACUUUAUCCUCGACUAUUCUCGACCAUGUUUCACUGGACUCGCCGAGCUACCAAACGUGCUUAUUUUGGAGGUUGUCGCGCAUUUGACCGACAGGGAUCGAAGCCGACUUGCACGGACGAACUUUCGAUUCUACUCCCUGAUUAUGGACGCUAUCCUGGACAAAGAGGUGCGGACACAGGGGGUCAAGCUACUCGAGUUAGCAUUGAGGACAGGAAGCAAGGGCUUGAUGAGACGACUCCUAUUCAAGGGUACGGAUGUGGAUAGACAGUUUUGCCAUGGCUGGGGUUACUAUCUCAGUGACAGCUGUUACUUGGCAAGUUCACAUGCCACAACACCUCUGACAUCCGCUGCGUACCACAGCGACGUAAAGAUGGUCGAACUACUCCUACAGUUCGGUGCAAACGUGCACGCACUUUCCAACUACUGGAUCCAUGAGGGAUACAGAAUGGGUAUACGGUCGGCCACACCACUAUCAUUUGCAGCAUAUCUUGGAAACAGACGCAUAGCUGAACUGCUCAUAGAAGCGGGAGCGAGUCCGAUAAUCGAGGACUCUGCAAAACAGCUUAGCGCGUCAGUCAUAAGAGAGCUCAUCCAAAUGGCUUCCGGACAACACUUUCGAUCCCUUUCCACAAACGUAAUCACACAACACGAGCACGUCAUCCUACGGCAUCUACCCCCUGCAUCAGUCGACAAAAUUCAGGUUCCAGAAUAUAUCCUUGCAGAAUUCAUAAAGUGCGCUGCAACUGGAAAGCUCGCUAUGGUUGUCAGUCAUCUCCUACAAAUCAGAGGACGACUACAACUCCAGAAAACAAGCUACCUCGACGCAGCACUACAAAGCGUCAUCUCGCUCGACGCCCGUAAAGAAGACGUCCUCAAGAGGGAGCUGCAUCAAGACACCCCGAUUCUGUCGCCCAAGGAAAGUCUGCUCGAGACAUCGCGACAGCUCAUCCGGACCCUAGAGUGA